AUGUACGAAAGUAGCUGCUCCUACGGUGGGGCUCUAGAACUCAAAAGAAGUGCACUCAAAGAAGAACCUUGGCCAACAACAGAAUGGCCGCCUUACCGCCUUCAUCAGUCAACAUUCGAGCAACUGAAACAGAGCGUGGAGAAAGCCAAAGCUGCAUUACAAGACCGGUCAAGUCUCUUGGGUUCAGCAUCGGCAUUCGGUGACUUUUACGGAGGACAGUUGGGUCAAGAUGGCACGACUAUUGGCUUCGGAAGGACGUCCAGAACCGAGGAAUCAAUGCUCGGACCAGCUGAUAAGACUAAAACAUUAGGAACUGAGAAGUUAGCAAGUGGACUCAGUAAGGGAUACAGUACAUCUAGUCUAUCUGACACCUUAAGAGCAACUAAAUGUUCGGGUGAGUUGUUUUGA